AUGCGAUGCCCAGCUUCCACUUAUCGUCAACGCUUGCCAAAAGGAAUCUCCAGGUGGUCGGCCUGCUGCUAUUGGAAUCUGCUUGCCGGCAAGGAUGGGGAGCGCUCUACCGUCCAGAUACGAUCCUGCACAACUGCACAACUGCCCAGUAUCGACAGAGUACUGUACGUACUGUACGUACUGUACGCUACUCCAAUACAGUACCAGUAUCAAUCAAUCUCAGGGUCUCGCGGUCUCAGGCGAGAGCGAGGCGGUGGCCUGUUACGCGGCGGAGGGUCCUCGACUAGGCCCGAGACAGGAUACGAUGCUCAACAGUACUUCAAACGGAUCAGAAAGCGUUCGAGUACUGGGUACUUGGUACUCCAACCGUAUGGAGUCGGUAGACUCAGACUGUACAGGUACCGAGUACGGCACAAAAGCCUCUGCCACCAGUUUGGACACAAGUGAUGUUCUCAAGGGGUAG